GAGGUGCUUCCGCCUCUGUGUGGAGGCGGCUUGUUGUUGUGCAGGCCAAGAUGGCGGCACAGGCGGCGGCGGCGGCGCAGGCAGCGGCGGCGGCACAGGCGGCCGCGGCUCAGGCGGCGCAGGCCGAGGCGGCGGAGUCGUGGUAUCUGGCUCUCCUGGGUUUCGCCGAGCACUUCCGCACGUCCAGUCCACCCAAGAUCCGCCUGUGCGUUCACUGCCUGCAGGCCGUGUUUCCCUUCAAGCCGCCUCAGCGAAUCGAGGCCCGUACGCACCUGCAGCUCGGCUCGGUGCUUUACCACCACACGAAGAACAGCGAGCAGGCGCGCAGCCAUUUGGAGAAAGCGUGGUUGAUAUCACAGCAAAUCCCACAGUUUGAAGAUGUUAAAUUUGAGGCUGCAAGCCUGUUGUCAGAGCUAUAUUGUCAAGAGAACUCUGUGGAUGCAGCAAAGCCACUACUGCGGAAAGCCAUCCAGAUCUCACAGCAGACGCCAUACUGGCACUGCCGCCUGCUCUUCCAGCUUGCUCAACUGCACACACUGGAGAAGGACCUGGUAUCAGCCUGUGACCUCCUGGGCGUCGGGGCUGAGUAUGCCCGAGUGGUGGGAUCUGAAUAUACACGGGCACUAUUCCUGCUCAGCAAAGGGAUGUUGCUGCUGAUGGAGCGCAAACUGCAAGAGGUACACCCACUGCUCACACUGUGCGGGCAAAUUGUGGAGAACUGGCAAGGCAACCCCAUCCAGAAGGAGUCAUUGCGUGUCUUCUUCCUGGUGCUGCAGGUGACCCACUACCUAGAUGCUGGGCAGGUGAAGAGUGUCAAGCCAUGCCUGAAGCAGCUGCAGCAGUGCAUCCAGACCAUCUCCACGCUACACGAUGAUGAGAUCCUGCCCAGCAACCCUGCUGACCUCUUCCACUGGCUGCCCAAGGAGCACAUGUGCGUGCUCGUCUACCUGGUCACAGUGAUGCAUUCAAUGCAGGCUGGCUACCUGGAGAAGGCACAGAAGUACACAGACAAGGCACUCAUGCAGUUGGAAAAGCUCAAGAUGCUGGACUGCAGCCCCAUCCUGUCAUCCUUCCAAGUGAUCCUCCUGGAGCAUAUCAUCAUGUGUCGGCUCGUCACAGGCCACAAGGCCACUGCACUACAGGAGAUCUCCCAGGUCUGCCAGCUAUGCCAACAGUCCCCUCGGCUCUUCUCCAACCAUGCUGCCCAGCUGCACACACUGCUGGGCCUGUACUGUGUUUCCGUGAACUGCAUGGACAAUGCUGAAGCCCAGUUCACCACAGCCCUGCGGCUCACCAAUCACCAGGAGCUAUGGGCCUUCAUUGUGACCAACCUUGCGAGUGUGUAUAUACGGGAAGGAAAUAGACACCAAGAGGUACUAUACAGUUUGCUUGAGAGGAUAAACCCAGACCACAGCUUCCCGGUCAGCUCACACUGCCUCCGAGCUGCAGCCUUCUAUGUGCGGGGGCUCUUCUCCUUCUUCCAAGGCCGCUACAAUGAAGCCAAGCGAUUUCUACGAGAAACUCUAAAGAUGUCAAAUGCAGAGGACCUGAACCGCCUCACAGCCUGUUCACUCGUGCUGCUGGGCCACAUCUUCUAUGUGCUGGGGAAUCACAGGGAGAGUAACAACAUGGUGGUGCCUGCCAUGCAGCUGGCCAGCAAGAUCCCAGACAUGUCUGUGCAACUGUGGUCAUCGGCCCUCCUGAGAGAUCUAAACAAGGCAUGCGGGAAUGCCAUGGAUGCCCAUGAGGCUGCACAGAUGCACCAGAACUUCUCACAGCAGCUGCUGCAGGACCACAUUGAGGCCUGCAGCCUCCCAGAGCACAACCUCAUUACGUGGACAGAUGGCCCACCCCCUGUGCAGUUCCAAGCUCAGAAUGGACCCAACACCAGCCUGGCCAGCCUUCUGUGAGGCCCCUAAGACCUUUGUCCCCAUCUUGGACCCAACACUGGAGCUUUCCGGAACAGAACCACCAGGGUGUCCACCAACCCCUCACCAUUGUCCAGAGCUGAGCCCCAGUAGUGCUGCAGUCAUCAUCUGCCUCUGAGGGUGACAGCCAGUCCUGCUUGUACCAGGACUCAGUGCCGUCUGUUGGAGAGGACUGAUGACCUAAUCUGUGUCUGAGUCUCAUCUGUGAGGAAUAGGGUCUGUGUGGGGGGGCAUCAUCAGACUGCUCAACCAAACCUUGGUGCCGACUACCUAAGUACAACUGCACAAAGCAGCCCAGGGCAAGCUGAGGGAAGAGCAGUAGCCCUCACUUUCCUCAUCCUGCUGUUCUUCCAGUGUCCCUGCACUCAGGGACUUCUGAGGACCUGGAAGUCAGCCUCUCAACCUGACUGUUCCUGGAAGGUGACUCUAGUGCAGAGGAGGAGCUUGGGACAGGGUGUGCAUGUACAGUUGAUGCAGCGGAGACCUUGUGUUCCCACCAUGCCCUCGGCAAGCUCCUUGCUUAUAUUCAGCAGCCACCUCUUGGCUCUGCCUGGGCACUAGGCGGGAGUCCCACUGGACCUGGACGAAGGAGUUUCCUUCUGGCAGCUGUGUGGCCUUCCCGUGAGGACAGUCAUGGAACCAGCUUCGCUCCUCCUCCUAGCUUGAGGGCUGCACCAAGGUGACACAGUGAUGUCAAGGGACAAUGGUUCCUGCCAGCUUGUGGUACCUAGGCAGGUGUUCUUUUUGGUGGUGAAGGCGGUGCUUGGGAGCUGUCAUCCUGCUACCGUGAAGGCCACUUCACGGAGCUUUGGAAUCCAUGACUGAAGGGACAAGGCUCCAAGGCCUUGCUGUACAUCCUCACUGAGCCAUGUGGCAGCCACUGCCCAUGGCCAGGUGCUCCCUACCUUUCUGUCUUCCUCCAGCCCUUUGGGUCCCAGGGACCCCCCUCAGUGUCUUCAUCACAGUCCUGCCUAUUUAUUUAAGCUUUUUUUUUUUUUUUUUGCUUCUAGGGCAUUUUGUACAUAGAGCAAUUCAAACAAGAACCUCGCAACUUGACAUCUAUCCUGAUGUUAGAGUGCUUUUAGUGACCAUGUCUCAGGCAUGUGACAGCUAAGGAUGGGGUCAUGACAAACGCCAUGAUCAAUGUUGAGGGUUCCACUGAAGGGAAACCUCCAUGACCCCAGUGCAGUCACCACAGUGUCCAGUAACUUAAGAUUGAGAGAAAAACCCAAAAGGAUCAGCACACACAGGUAUUAUGUCCCAGGAAGUGCCAAGAGCCGGACACAAGCCACCCAGGAAACCAGGCUGGGGUGUAGCCCUAGAGAUGGCUGUCACCCUGAGCUACAGGUGACACUGUUGAAUGAAGGAAGGCAUGUCAUAAGUGAGGAGAAAGUUUUUAAUGUGCUGGUGCCUGGUUUUAGCAGCCUAUGCUAAAGAACUUAACAGUUUUAAGGGGGCUGUGAGAAGUCUGCCUGUAUUUGCUCCAGGGCCACCACUCCCCAAGCCUCUGCAUUUUCUCACCCUCCAAGCGUCCUGGCAGUUGCUCUCCUGUGGACUGCAGCCCCUUUCUGGACUCAGCCUAGUGGAAAACUGGUCCACAGCCCCUCUUUAUGUUUUGUCUCGGGUGGUUGGUUGGUUAGUUUCAUUGUUUGUGCUUGUUUUUAGGGCUCUGCAGUGGAACAGUGGCUGCUUGAAGAACUCAGUUCUCUUGUGUCAGCUUCCCAAGUGCUGGGAUUCUAGGCAGAUUCCACCAUGCCUGGCU